AUGUCCCUACCACCCUCCAAUAUCCCCUCGACCGAAACCCUCGAACCCCCCGAGUCUGAUAUAGAGGCUCUCGUCGCCUUAGGAACAGACUUUUCUCUACCUUCCGAAGUCACCCAUUCAUGCCUUCAUCGCUACUUCGAGGAUGUCGCACGCAUACACACUGAUCUCCCCGCACUGGCAUUCGACGUGCAGGGUUUGGUCAUUACUAUGUCCUACGGGGAGAUGAAUCGCCGCUGUGAAGAACUUGCUCACUAUCUUGCUUCAACACACGCGGUGGGCCCCGGAGUGAUGGUCCCCCUCUUCUUUACUCGUGGGAUCGACAUGAUAGUCGCGAUUUUCUCUGUGCUUAAGACAGGCGCUGCUUACGUUCCUCUCGACAUUGAACACCCCACAGAGCGCACAACCUCUAUUGUCGACAUCGUGGGUGCACAGCUAGUGCUGACGGAAUCACUGCUCCUCGGAGACCUCCGACACCGCUUGCAAGAAGAGGUCAAUGCUAUCGCUAUCGACGCACUUCCGUCGCUGCCGGAUCCCGUCACCAACUUCUGUUCGCACGGCGCCGGGGAAGACAUCGCGUAUGUCAUUUUCACAUCCGGGACAACGGGUACUCCCAAAGGAGUCGCUGUGCACCACACCGCGGCUGUGAGCGCCGUUAUCGACGGUCCGCGACUGAACCGUGGACUGCGCUCGCGCAACGACCUCCGGAUGUUCCUUCCUAAUAACUACGCGUUCGACUUUACCAUCUGGGACAUCUUCAUCCCUCUCACGUCCGGCGGGUGCCUCUGCAUCGCCACCAAAGAAGACAUGUUCGACGACAUCAACGCCGUCCUCCGCCGCCUCCGGGUCAACGUCAUCAUGUCCACCCCCACGGUCCUCAGCCUCAUAGAGCCCUCCCAAGUCCCCACCCUCGACACCAUGUGCAGCGGCGGCGAGAUGCUCACCGUCCUCGUCCGCGACCGCGCCUUCGCCGCCGGCCUCAAGCUCGGCAACGUCUACGGCCCCACCGAGGCCGCCGUCUGCUGCGUCUUCGCCGAGGUCGACCCCGCGCUGCCCGACCCCGCGAUCAUCGGGCGCCCGUUUGGCGCGAACAGGGCGUACGUGCUCGACGAGGACCUGCGCCUCGUGCCGCGAGGCGCCGUCGGCACACUGUGGACCGCGGGUCCGCAAGUAAGCAAGGGGUACCUCGGACGCCCCGACCUCACCGCGGCGACGUUCCGCCCGGACCCUUUCGUGCCUGGGGAGCGCAUGUAUAACACGGGGGACCUCGUGGCGUGGACGGAAAGCGGGAAUCUGAAGUGUUACGGCCGGGCGGACCAGCAGGUUAAGGUUCGCGGGCAGCGGAUAGAGAUCUUGGAGAUCGAGACGACGAUGGCGGAGGUGCGCGGGGUGCAGAACGCGUGCGUAGUCAAGCGCGCGAGGGGCGGACGCGAGGAUCUCGUCGGUUUCUACUCUCCUGAGCCUGGAACCGACGUCGAUGUUGCCCACGUUGAGGGAGCGAUUAUGCUCGCGGUGCAGCGCAAGUUGCCGGUGUACAUGCAUCCGUCCGCCCUCGUCCACCUCGGCAAACUUCCGGCGACCGUAAAUGGCAAGGCGGACCGCCGACUCCUCGGUCAAUGGGCGCUUGACCUCCCGCUGGUCACGGAAAACGUUGCUACUACAGAAGCCACCGUCGCGGAGUGCUGGGCAAAGAUCCUCAAAAUUCCCGUGGCUUCUGUACCCAUCGACAGACCGUUCUACCAGUGCGGCGGCGAUUCCAUCUCGAUUAUCCACCUCGCGGCAGCCCUCCGCGUGAAGGGCUUCGAUGUCAAGACAAGCGACCUACGGAAAGCGACCACAGUGAAGGCCCAAUCACGUUUGACGAUGUCGUCAACACACGCGCCUCUAGAACAAUCUUACCUUCCCUUGUCUCUCAUGAGUACUGCGAAGGUGACUCUGGACGACGUUGCGGAGCUUACCGGAUGGGAAAAGGACUCCAUAGAAGAUGUAUAUCCGUGCACUCCGUCAGUGGCGGGUCUCGUUUCGCUUGCUACGACAAAUCCUCAGAGCUACUUGGCUCAACAUGCUUUCCGACGCGCCGGCCGGUACAAAGCUGACGCAUUAUGCGCAUCUUGGAAAACCGUAGUUGCACACCAUCCAAUUUUACGCACGGCCUUCGUCAUCCCUCCCGCUCCCGCCACAGACAUCUUGCAGGUUGUUCAGAAGUCCGAUGCGCUCGAAAUGUCCUGGACGUUCCACUCGGCCGUCGACGAUGCGGCCUUAGAUUCAGCUGUCACCACCUAUCUCGAAUCCUCGCGCCGAGCCGGAUUCCGCAUUGGCGCCAUCCCCACUCGCGUCGGUUUGUUCGAGGGCCCGACAUCAUCAGUCAUGGUUUUGCAGGUCCACCACUCGCAGUAUGACGGUUGGACCCUUCCGAUCAUCCUCGAAAACCUCCAGAAGGCCUAUCACUCCAUCGUCGAAGGUAUCACUCGCCCACACACGGACCACCAAACCCGCUUUUACGCGGAAUUCGUGCAGUGGACUCUACAACAAGAUACGGAUGAAGCCCUCUCCUUCUGGCGUUCUGAACUAGAAGACGCAACGCUCCUAUCUUGGCCGAAGGUCCCUCACGAUGCCGCCGACGUCGCUACCGACAUGCUAGUCUCCGCGGUUUGGACGCCUCCUGGACUUUCCUCGCUGGCAAGCUUCUGCCAGGACCAUAACGCGACACCGUCGAGUCUCAUCCGUCUGGCGCUAUCUAUCGUGCUAGGUAUGCACGCGAACAGCGACGACGUUCUCUUUGGCAUCGUGGCCUCUGGUCGGUCCGUCGACCUCCCUGGCAUCGAAGACGUCGUGGGCCCAUGCAUCACCACUCUGCCUUGCCGCGUCCGCCUCCCUCCAGACGCGUCACUCGCGACCCUCCUUACGGACAUCCAAUCGCGUUCCAGCGCCACAGCCUCAUACGAGUACUCCGGACUGGCAGACAUUAUCCGCACCAGCCCCUUCAGUCGCUCGCGGAGCAUCUUCCAAGUGCUGCUCACGGUGGAGAACAUCCCCGAACUUGACCUACACGCGCACCCACUCUUUGGAGAGGACAUCCACGGCCACCAGAUGGAGAUGAACUACGCGCUUGGCGUGACGGUCUUCCCGCUCCAGAACGACGGCGGGCUCAAGUUCGACAUCGAGUACGACAGCCGCCACUUGUCUGCCGCGGACGUGCGCUGGUUCCAGACCCACCUGCUCGCGACCCUGGACGCCAUCCUCCGCCACCCGACGUCGACGCUCGCGAACCUCGACAUCGUCUCAGACGAAGAGCGCGCGUUCCUGCAGAAUGUCGGCAUCGGACUCGCCCCCGACCCAACGCUCGCGGCGGAGCCCCUCGUCCACCGGCUCAUCGAGAAGACCGCGGUGGCGCACCCCGAGCGCGUCGCCGUCGAGCACUCGGGCGGGCGCACGCUCACGUACGCGGAGCUCGACGCGCUCGCGGACCGCGUCGCGCACGGGCUCGUCGCGCUCGGGGUGCGGCACGAGACGCCUGUGCCCGUGCUCUUCGACAAGGACGGGGACCAGACGGAGGCCGUCGUCGCGAUCGUCGCGCUCAUGAAGGCUGGGGCCGCUUUUGUCCCGAUUGACGUGGGCUGGCCUGCGGCGCGUGUCGCGGCGUGCGUGCGCCAGUGCGAGGCGCCGUUCGUGGUGUGCGACGGAGUCGGGGUGCCGGAGGUUGCGCACGGGCUGGGGGUGCCGGUCCGGACGGUGGGAGAGCUUGCGCGCGGAAGGAGCCAUGGGGGGCGGUGCGUGGUUAAGGAGCAGACACCGCAGUCGCUGGCGUACAUCAUCUUUACGAGCGGGUCGACUGGGGAACCGAAGGGUGUUAUGAUCGAGCACCGGAACAUCAUGGGCUAUGUCGCAAAUGGCACGACGGUAUAUCCCAUCCAGGAUGUCAAACGUCUUCUGCACUUCUCUCCCUUCUCCUUCGAUCAGGGUCUCGGCGACAUCUUCAUGGCGCUCACUAAGGGUGCUACCCUUGUCCUCGCGAACAUGGCCGACGUCCUCACCGACCUCUCAGAAGUCUUGAAUUCAACCCGCGCCGAUUACACGGUGCUGACUCCUGCUAUCACCCAGCUCAUCCGAGCCGAUGUCGACCAUCCACAUCUGAAGAGCCUGCUGGUGGGCGGGGAGAAGCUCCCCGGUCAACUCGUUGACCGCUGGAAGGGGAAGGUUGCCUUCAUGGACGACUACGGUCCCACCGAAGUCACGGUCAGCUGCGUAGGAAUGACCUUCACCGCGGACACCAACGUCCCUGCGGGCGUCAUCGGCAGCCCAUACGGGGACACCCGGGCGUACAUCGUCGACCCGCGCCGCCCAGACACCCGCGUCCCCGUCGGCGCCGUCGGCGAGCUCUGCCUCUCGGGCAACCAAGUCGGGCGCGGAUACCUCGGCCGCCCCGACCUCACCGCCGCCGCCUUCGUGCCCGACCCGUUCGCGCCCGGGCUGACGAUGUACCGCUCCAACGACCGCGCUAGGUGGACGAGCGACGGGCUGAUCGAGUACCUCGGCCGGCAGGACGACGCGUUCGUGAAGCUGCGUGGGCUCCGCAUCGAUCCGGGCGAGUCGGAGGCGCGAUCGCUGCUGCUGGAGCUGAGAGGGCAGCCGCAUCUCGUCGCGUUCGUCAGCAAGGCGCUCGCGCCCGCCGGCGAGGCACGGCUCGUCCUGCUCGACCCGGAAAAUGCGGAUGCGGAUGCGGACGGUGCGGACGCGGUGAAGCCGUGGCUCACGACCCUGAUCGAUGCCUGUCGGCAGGCCGUGCCAACGUACGCCGUCCCGACGGUGUGGCUCGCGCUUGCCGCGAUGCCGCAGAACGCGAACAGCAAGUUUGACCACAAGCAGCUCCGGAGGUUCUGGGGCACGCUCGAACCCGCGCGCAUCGAAGCUGUGUCCACGGCGCUCACGCAGACACACGCGCCCCGCACGCCGGAGGGUCGGGCGGAGCAGCUCAUCGCGCGCGUGUGGGCGGAUGUGCUCGCGCGGGAUGCCGAGGCGCUGUCGGUGCACGACGACUUCUUCGCGCUGGGAGGCGACUCGAUUGGGGUGGUGCGCAUGCUCGCGGGGCUUAAGGCGGCGGGAGUGUCGAUCUCAUUGAAGGACUUUGGUGCGGACCCCACGGUCGUUGCGCUCGCGGCGCGGAUCGACGAGGCAGUCCUCACGGGCACAUCGUCGCCUCAGUCGAGCGACAGCGGUCUCCCCGGAGUUGCAAAUGGGCUGGCAUGGCAAGUGCAAAUGGGUGAUGUCGAUGAGUCCGCGGCUCCGCUGUGGCUCAUCCAUGACGGUGGAGGACUUGGGAACGAAUACGAGAACUUGGGGCCUCUUUCCCGAUCUGUCUACGCCGUGUCGAAUCCAACAUCGACGCUGGCCGAGCUGGAGGCCCAGUUCCCUACUUUCUCCAGCUACUGUGGGCGGAACCCUCGCCCUCACCCUCGCCCGCGCCGCGCCGCCGCCGGUCUUCCCGUCCAUGGCGUGGUCCUCCUCGACAGCUACAACUCCGAAGGCUGGCGCCGCGCUCUUUUCCCCGCGCGCUGCGACUUCCCCGUGCUACUUGUGCGCGCGGGCGCGAGCCGCGCGAGAGAGGAGAUCGAGAAGGCCGGCUUCGUAGUGCCGUACGCGAGGGGGCAGCGGGGGCGAGCGUUGACAGUGGGAUGGCGGGAUCGUUGUCACCGUCGGGGCGCGGACCAUUACAGCCUCAUGCGGGACCGGGCGUUGUGCGCGGAGGCUUCGAAGGCAGUGGAUGAGUGGCUCCGUCGCCAGACGUUGGCAUCGUCCUCUGUUGCGUAG